AGGUGAUAUGGAUGCCAAGUUGGAAGAAUCCAAAUGUAAAGUGGCCACAGCCUGGAGCCGAGAAUAUUUGCAGACAAGCAAACGUAUGGGAGCCAUUGUGGGAGCGGGUGCUUUCACUCUAUUACAUGGGUGGUACACCCCAAGGAAUGAGCCUUAUCUCAGCAAGGCACUGGGAAAGCAAGGAAACUGCAUGGUCCAGAUCUGACGGAAAGGAGACAUAGAGAAGAGCGUACUGAAGCCACUGCACCCCAAACACCUCCAUAUCCUUGGGCAGUCUGGAGCAGGAAGGAGCCUUGCGGGGCCUCACCUGAGAGGGCUGGAUGAAAAGCUGCCUGAUGGUCCCAGAAAGCAUCCAGUGCCUCAUCCCUCCCUGCUAGAUGUCACAGGCUUGUCAGCAACACUUCAGACUGAAAUAUGCUUUGCUGGCAGAACUGGAACAAAGCUCUAAGGAGCCCAAAGGGGGCUAUUGCCUUCUGACACACAGCUCCAGUGAGCAGAGACCAGCCGCAGCAGUGCCCCAGACCGGCGCUGUCCAGAACGAGAAGCUAGUCGCCUCAGGGACCCGUAAGGUACAGUCUGCAUUUACUCGGCUCCCGGAAUCAGAGGACAAAAAUGUCUACAGUGAGGUUCCAACUCCGCAGCUGUCGCUUCCUUCCCCUCCUCCCCCGACAGCUGCUCAGCAGCUGGACGACCUCUUAUCUCAUUUGGGCCAGAUGCAGUCCAAGAUCUCAGCGGUGGGUUCUGCUGCGGAGCCGGAACGUGCCAAGGGGCCGUCAGCAGUGGGGCCAAGUCCCGGCAGCACCCUUGAGAGCAUGCUGGGGGGCCUGACGCAAGAGCUGCAGGACCUCGGCAUCUCUGCCGUGCCUAAGGGCGACUGCGCUUCCUGCCGCAAACCCAUCGCUGGAAAGAUGAUCACUGCUCUGGGGAAGACGUGGCAUCCCGAGCACUUCACCUGCACCCAGUGCGGACAGGAGAUCGGCUCCAGCACUUUCUAUGAGCGAGGCGGGCUGGCGUACUGCCAGGAGGAUUAUCACCAGCUCUUCUCCCCCCGCUGUGCCUACUGUGCCGCGCCCAUCCUGGCGAAAGUCCUGACGGCCAUGGACAAGACUUGGCACCCGGAGCACUUCUUCUGUGCUCACUGUGGGAAGGUGUUCAGCAAUGACGGUUUCCACGAGAAGAACGGGAAGCCGUACUGCCAGAAGGACUUCCUGGCCAUGUUCUCUCCUAAAUGCAGAGCCUGUGAGCGGCCGGUGAUGGACAACUACCUGUCCGCCCUCCAGGGCGUCUGGCACCCCGAGUGCUUUGUGUGUGGGGACUGUUUCAGCAGCUUCACCACUGGCUCCUUCUUCGAGAUAGACGGCCGCCCCUACUGCGAGCUUCACUUCCACGAGCGCCAGGGCUCGUUGUGCCAUGGCUGUGGGAAGCCCAUCACCGGGCGCUGCAUCAGCGCCAUGGGGCGCCGGUUCCACCCCGAGCACUUCAUCUGUGCCUUCUGUCUGGGCCAGCUGCAGAAGGGCACCUUCCGGGACCACGGCGACAAAGCCUACUGCCAGGCCUGCUACGGCAAGCUCUUCGUGUGACUCCGGCGCUGGCCCGAGGGGAGGGGGCUACGUACCGAACCUGGCUCUGUGGGACAGCCCCCUCCGGCAUCCUCAGCCAGGGGCUGAGAUACAGGGAGAGGGUCCACAGACCAGAAUCAACAAAGAACAGCCUCCUUCAACGAGCCCGAACCACUGAUUGUUUGAAUCAAUAGCGCUCCAUUGAUGUCCUUGCUGGUAAAUAUUAGCUGAAGGUCUGGCCCAAUAUGUUUGGAAAGUCGGGGGUUCCCUCCCCAGCGACAGCCACUGUGGUCUCCUUCCCCUUGAUCAUCCCUUCCUGGACGUUCUGCUCCUUCAGACUGUGCUCUGCUUCUCUCCCCUCCAAUGCACAACUUCACCUGCUCCUCUGUUCUCACCUUUGAGCUAUACUCCUGGUAUAUGUAACCGGAUGAGGGCACUGCCUGGAAAUAAACAUCUUGGCAUUCUCUGCA